AUGUCCCCCUCAACGCGACGACACCCGGUCCCAAAUCACAGGCGCCCACAAGGCUCUGCCGAGAGCCGGGCAUACCAUGGUGCCCCAAAAACGAGGCGACGCGGAGGACAUGAUGACGACUCUUCAAGCGACAAUUAUGACGAGGGGAUCAGAUCAACACAUACAAGUGAAACUGAGGGACAUUAUUCGCGUGCACCAACCCCCCGUUCCCGGGAACAAAAUCGCCCGCAUCAGCGCAUCACCACGAUCGACUGGCGGGCUGAGCUCUGCCGGAUUCUUGAAUUCUCAACGGACGUUUCUGAUGGAGAAAUUCUGGAUCAUCUAGAAGAAUCGCUGCAGGAGCUUAAAAAAGCAAGGCUCCGUUACGGUUCUCAAGGCACUGUUGGUCCGCCGCGCGCAGAGAUUCUCUACACCAUCCACUGUGCCAGAUCCUCCAAAGCACCCUCCACCUUGUACAAAGAGCUGCACAGCUCUGGUGAGACGGCUCAAGAUGGCGUGCAUCUAUUAGGCCGAGUCGCCGUCACCAACUUAGAGCUCCACCUGGAACGCAACAAGGAUAUCGCUUUCAUCGUAUACAAGCACUUCAAGUGUUGUGAUGGUCAUGAUCUUAAUGUGAAGCAGCACGAGGGAGAUCAUGACGACCUUGACAUGUAUUCGUCAUUGUUGAAAGAUGAGUCAAUUGCCUUUGUAUCUAAGGCCAUGAUAGAUGCGCUAUCGAUGCUUGCGCACCGUGUGUGGAGAGAUUUUCCGCAUCCUCAAUUCAUGGAAUCUAUCCACAAGGCGAAAAAGAAAAAGGCCGACGAGGUCUCAGACAAUGAUCCUGAAAAAGUCACAUAUCCUUAUCUAUGGUGGUUUCAUAGUCGCCAAGAUAUCAAGGAGGCGAUGGAGCAUAUCGACCGGAAACACAUCCCCUACCUAUCCGCUUUCAAGGACUACGUUGAGACUAGAAUGUCCGGCGAAUGGAAACGCGUGGACAAGAUGAUGUCGCAAAACAAAAUUACAGCCAAAUACCUUCGCUAUCUAUACCCUCCCGGUGAGCUGAUUGUUUCAAGCCCCGAUCGAAGUCCUCACUUAGAACUCCAAGGCUUUGAGGUAUCGGAUACGGUAAGGACAAGUGGAAGCGCCGUGACCGCGAUCAAGGUCUGGUCUUGGGAAUUUGAUGGCAAUUUUCAGCUCUCCACGAUUGUUCUCUCGCUGUUUGCAUUGCCAUCAGAGACGAAAGCCUUUGAUAUCAAGUCCCUCGAAUUUUAUCCCAAGAGAUUCGCGAGACCUGAGAUAGUCGACACCCUCCGAGCCCGGGGUAGAUUCUUUUGGAGAUGCCGCUAUCGGAACUACGUCUCAUCCAAGAUGGAUGGUGAAAGCGACCUCCACUCCUCGGCCGAAUCUUCACGUUAUAUGAUAGACAUGGAAACUUACAAGCGCAUGCAUCCAAGUAAGGCAACCUGGUACCAAGAUGAUCUGGGGAAAAAGAACAUGGAGCAAGACGAGCCACCACUGGGUGACAAAUUUUACAUGUGUCUUCCAGUUCACAUUAUUGGCUUUAAUAUGCAAAACAAAGAAUGGGUACAACUCGAGGUGCAGCAUCUGGAAGAUGUGCGCUGGAAUAAGAAGGCUUUCGAAUAUCUUGUGAUCAACAAAGAGACGAAGGAGCUUAUUCGCGCAGUGGUCAGCAAUCAGCUAAGCGUAAAGUCUAAGACUGAUUUAAUUGAAGGCAAAGGAAGCGGAUUAUUUAUGUUACUUCACGGUGUGGCCGAGAUCGCCCAGCGACCACUUUAUAGAGUUACAUGCGGUGAUAUCGGGACAAAAGCAGACGAGGUCGAGAAGUACUUGGCAAGUGUUCUGCUCCUUGGAACUACCUGGAAAUGUGUGGUUCUUUUGGACGAGGCAGAUGUAUUUCUAGAGCAGCGAUCACUGUUAAACUUGGAGAGAAAUGCUCUCGUUUCAGUCUUCCUGCGGGUCCUUGAAUACUACAACGGGAUCUUAAUUCUAACUAGCAACCGUGUUGGGACUUUUGAUGAGGCAUUCAAAUCACGUAUCCAGCUCAGUCUACAUUACAAAAACCUUGACCAGGACCAGCGACGAGAGAUCUGGAAGAAUUUCAUUGGGCAUCUGGACGAGUUUCAGCAAACGUUGGAGGCUGGUUUGACUGAGUCACAGAGACACACAAAGGUUGGGUACGGGAUAGACAUUCAUGAUCUGAAUAAGAACCUUGAAGAGCUAUCUAAGCCGGCUCUGAACGGAAGAGACAUCCGCAACGCCCUUUCUACCGCUCGACAACUCGCGUUGUAUCGUCAACAGCCGUUGCAGUACAACCACUUACAGGUCGUCAUGAGUGAGGUGCAGAAGUUUGAUGACUAUCUCCGAGAGGUGCACAAUGGAUACUCGGAGGAUGACCUCCAGCGGGCUAGAGAGACCCGCUGA